AUGUUGGCUCGCUCAGCACUGCGUACGGCACGCACCGCCGGCGCCGCGACCCGCAAUGCCACCAGCAGACCAGCUUCGCGCUUUGCCUCGACAUCGGCCUAUGCCGAGGGAGCUGCCUCCGCAUGGAAGAACAACGCCCUCCCCGCCGGUGCCACCAUCUUCGCCGUCGGCUCCACUGCCUGGUACUGGCAUCUCUACGGACGCGAUGUCGAUGCCAUGACUCCCGCCGAAGAAGGUCUGCACCCUACCCAGUACCCAUGGGAGCACGAAAAGUGGUACAAGACGUUCGAUCACGCUGCCCUCCGUCGUGGAUUCCAGGUCUACCGUGAGGUCUGCGCGUCCUGCCACUCCAUCUCUCGUGUCCCUUACCGAGCUCUCGUCGGCAAGUUCAUGACUGUCGAUGAGGCCAAGGCCCUUGCCGAGGAGAACGAAUACGACACUGAGCCCAACGACCAGGGCGAGAUUGAGAAGCGCCCCGGAAAGCUCUCUGACUACAUGCCCGCGCCCUACAAGAACGAUGAGGCUGCCCGUGCUGCCAACAACGGUGCGCUGCCCCCGGAUCUAUCGCUCAUGGUCAAGGCCCGCCACGGCGGUUGCAACUACAUCUUCAGCUUGUUGACUGGCUACCCCGAGGAGCCACCUGCGGGUGCUGUUGUGCAGGAUGGCCUCAACUUCAACCCCUACUUCCCUGGUACCGGCAUUGCCAUGGCUCGUGUGCUGUACGACGACUUGGUUGAAUACGAGGAUGGCACAAAGGCCUCGACCUCGCAGAUGGCCAAGGACGUUGUUGAGUUCCUGAACUGGGCGGCUGAACCCGAGAUGGAUGACCGCAAGAAGAUGGGCUGGAAGGUGUUGGCUGUCACGAGCGUCUUGUUCGCUCUCAGCGUCUGGGUCAAGAGGUACAAGUGGGGACCGCUCAAGAACCGAAAGAUCCUGUACCAGCCACCACAAAACAAGAGCAUCCUGGACCAGAUUCCCAAGCCCAACACUUCCGGCAAGACGAACCAAUAG